AAAUGAAAUAUCUUAGUUGAGAGAAGCUCUGCUGCUAAUUGCUUCUAAUCAUUUGGUUUCUGACUAAAUUCUACUUCUAAGGGUCUUAUUUAAACCAAAGAAAAUAUGGCUGCUGCUAUUGUGGGAGGGGCAUUACUCUCUGCUUCUGUUCAGGUGGUGUUGGAUAAGAUCAUUUCCAAUGAGUUCUUGGACUUCUUUAGGAGAAGGAAGCUUAAUGUCUCGCUUCUUGGAAAGAUGAAGAUGACAUUGCUGAGUGUUCAAGCUGUUCUAAAUGAUGCCGAGGAGAAGCAGAUCACAAAUCCUGCUGUCAAGGAAUGGCUGAAUGAGCUCACACAAGCUGUCUUUGAUGCUGAAGAUUUGUUGGAUGAAAUCAACACUGAGGCUCUUGGAUGCAAAGUGAAAGCCAGGUAUCAAAGUCCAUCAUGCAGUGCCAAGGUGCGAAACGUGUUUUCCUCUCGUUUCGGACGAUCAUAUGGUAUGAUCAAUUCUAAAAUGCAGACAUUAUUUGAAAGACUAGAGCACUUUGCACAGCAAAUACACAUUCUUCAACUGAAAGAAGGUGUUUCCAACAGUGUUUGGCAAGGGAUGCCUACAAGUUCUGUGGUGGACGAAUCUGUCAUUUAUGGAAGAGAUGAUGAGAGAAAGAAACUUAGAGAGUAUUUGCUGUCAGAAGAUGUUGGUGCUAGUGGCAAUAAAAUAGGAGUGAUUUCAAUUGUUGGCAUGGGAGGGAUUGGUAAAACAACCCUUGCUAAACUCCUAUACAAUGAUGAUGAAGUUAAAGACAAGUUUGAUUUAAAAGCAUGGGCAUGUGUUUCUAAGGAUUUUGAUGUUUUCAGGGUCACUAAGACUGUGCUUGAAUCGGUUACCUCAAAAACAACAAAUACUGAUAACUUGAAUACUCUGCAAGUGGAAUUGCAGCAAAGGUUGUGGAGAAAAAGAUUUUUGCUAGUGUUGGAUGACAUUCGCGGCACAAGCUAUGUUGAUUGGGCCAAUCUAAAGGAUAUUUUUAAUGCUGGAGAAAUGGGAAGUACAAUCAUUGUCACAACACGAGAUGAAAACGUUGCAAAAGCUAUGCAAACCUUUCCUAUCUUCCAUUUGACAUCUCUUGAUAGUGAAGAUUGCUGGUCUUUACUUGCUGAACACGCAUUUGGAGCAAAUAAUUCCAGUGAAAGGUCCAACCUAGAAGGAAUUGGAAGAGAAAUUGUGAAAAAAUGUGAUGGUUUGCCUUUAGCUGCAGUUGCAUUGGGGGGUCUUCUUCGCACCAAAUUGUCGAAAAAUGAUUGGAAUAAGGUACUUAGAAGUAACAUUUGGGAUCUGCCAAAUUUGAAUGUGCAACCUGCUCUGCUACUAAGCUAUCAUUUCCUUCCGGCUCCUUUGAAACGUUGCUUUGCUUAUUGUUCAAUUUUUCCAAAGAACUCAGCCUUCGAAAAAGAGAUGGUAGUUCGGCUAUGGAUUGCAGAAGGCUUAGUACAUGUGUCAAAAAGUAAGAAAAUCCUGGAAGAAGUUGGUGACGAAUACUUUGAUGAACUAGUAUCAAGGUCACUAAUUCGUCGACGGUCCAUGGAUGGGAAAAGCUUCGAAAUGCAUGACCUCGUCAAUGAUUUAGCUGCAAUGGUUUCAUCUGCUUAUUGUAUCAGGUAUGAGGAUCAAAAGGCACUUGAAAAUCCAAAAAAAGUUCGACAUUUGUCAUACAACAGAAGUUGGUAUGACUAUUUCAAUAAAUUUAAUUCCUUUUAUGGUUUAGAAGGCCUGCGCACCUUCCUUCCCUUACCAUUGAAUGGAUGGUCAUUUGACUAUUACCUAUCAAACAAGGUAAUACAUGACUUGUUGCCCAAGUUAAAACAGUUGCGGGUAUUAUCUUUGUCACACUACAAGAAUAUCUCUGAGUUACCAGACUCCAUUGGAGGUUUAAAACAUUUGCGGCAUCUAGAUCUCUCUGGCACUAACAUUAAAAGGUUGCCUUCUGUGGUUUGCAAGCUCUACAAUCUACAGACCUUGCUGUUGUCUGAUUGUAAGUUUCUCACUGAAUUACCUGAGGAGAUAGGAAUGUUGGUGAAUCUUCGCCACCUCGACAUUAGUGGAACUCAAUUACAGGAGAUACCUGCACAAAUAGCAAGACUAGAAAAUCUCCAAACUUUAUCUGGGUUUGUUGUUAGCAGACAGCAAAAUGGAUUGAAGGUGGGAGAAUUGCAAAAAUUUCCCAAUUUGCAGGGAAAGCUCUGCAUUUCAAAGCUACAAAAUAUUGUUGACCCCAAUGAUGCUUCACAAGCCAAUAUGAAGAAGAAAGAACAAAUUGAAGAUCUAUCAUUAGAAUGGGAUAGCUGCACUGCUCAAGAGUCCCAACAUCUUGUAUUGGAGCACCUGCAGCCUUCAACAAACUUGAAGAAACUAACCAUCAAAUUCUAUGGUGGAACCUGGUUUCCCAACUGGUUAGGUAAUUCCUCAUUUGCAAACAUGGUGUAUUUGUGCAUCCGAAGUUGUCACUAUUGUUCAUUACUACCACCUGUUGGACAGCUUCAAAAUCUUAAAGAACUCAUCAUAUUUGAUAUUAUCUCAGUGAAGACUAUUGGUCCUGAAUUUUAUGGAUGUUGUUCUCCUUCAUUUCAACCAUUUCCCUCCUUGGAGACACUGAGUUUCGGAGAGAUGCCGGCAUGGGAGGAAUGGAACUUCAUGGGCGGUAUAGCUACACACUUCCCUCGUCUUUCUCAUCUGUCUCUAAGCGAUUGUCCGAAACUCCAAGGAAAUUUACCCAGCAACCUUCCUUCCUUGACUAAACUUCAUUUAUCCAGUUGUUCUCUACUUGAGUCACAAUUUUCUGUUGAAGUAGAUAACAGAAACAUUAUCAAUGCAUCAAAUCUAUUCAGUGAAUUAAUGCUUGGUCUUAAUUCUCUUGAACAAUUACAUAUCGAAGGCAUUCCUUCUCGGACCGCCUUCCCUAGAGAUGGUCUGCCGGAAACGUUAAGAGUUCUGUUCCUCAAAAAUUGUGAGAACUUUGAAUUUCCAAAUCAUGAAUCCCUGCAUAGUUACAGGGCACUUGAAUCUUUGACAAUAUGGAAUAGUUGUUGCUCACUGACAUCAUUUCCCUUAGGCUCUCUCCCUGUGCUCAAGUGGCUCUACUUUAUAGAAUGUAAGAAUCUGAAAUCAUUUUCAAUUUCAGAAGAAGAAGAUGCACCCCAGUGUCUCACAUUUCUUCAAGGUUUCUACAUUCUAGAAUGUCCUGAACUCGAAUCAUUUCCUCAUCUUGGAUUGCCAACUCCUAAGCUCAGACGUUUUUGGGUGUCAUAUUGCAACAAGCUUAAUUCACUACCAGAGCCGGUUAAUGCUCUUGUUGGCCUUCAAGAAUUGACAGUUCUUAACCUCCCAAGUAUGCAAUUUUUUGCAAAUGAAGGUCUUCCAAUCAGUUUACGAACACUUCGAAUCGGCAAUCUUGGAGGGAAUUUCUCAAAUGCAGAUAUCAUUAAAUGGGGCCUUGACCAUCUUACUUGCCUUUCAGAGUUAGAAAUUGAAGGUGGUUAUCUGGUUAACAUGCUAAUGAAGAUGGAAGUGCCACUAUUACCCUCUACUCUUAUCUCCCUUCACAUCUAUCAUCUUGAUGGUAUAAGACAUUUGGAUGGGAAAUGGCUUCAGAAUCUGACUUCUCUUGAAUGUCUUAAGAUCUCAUCUUGUGAUAGCUUGGAGUCAUUGCCACAGGAAGGAUUGCCUUCAUCUCUUUCGGUAUUGACUAUAGGGAGUUGUCCAUUGUUAGAAGCGAGUUGUCGGAGUAAUGGGGGGAAAGAGUGGCCUAAAGUUGCUCACAUUCCUUGCAUUAUUAUGGAUAAGAAGGUCAUCAUUUGAAGUGUCUAGGGGAGCCAUUAAAAUAUUAUGAAUGUAUAGAGUCAUAUCCUUAUAACACCAUUCACUCUUGUAUUUUACUUGUUUCAUAGGUUGUAGCAAACUAUUUGUGAACCAUGCUUGUGGAGUUGGGGGAAACUUGCUGUGACUUGAAGCAGAGGAUAAUAUUCUCCAUCUGAUUUUAGUGUGUACGUACCAUUUUUGUUUUUAGAAAUAUACAAACUAAAUGUUCUAAAUGCACAUAAAUAUAAGUAUUUAGUAUUAAAAUAUUAUUAGAGUUGUUAGUAAUUGAGAGUUAAGUUAAUAAUGGCUACUAGUUAGUACAUAGAAUAUUUAUAAAAUUAGUUGAUAAUAUUCCUAUAAAUAUGGUGAUUCUUGUAUCAUG